AUGACUUAUCAACCAGUCGAAAUUACUACUAACAAAAUACCAGUUACUAAAGAACAUUAUUAUCAUGGUUUAGAAUUAAUUAGUCAAGGAAAGGCUGCACUAAUAACACUUGCAGGUGGACAAGGAAGUAGACUUGGAUUUGAACAUCCAAAAGGAAUGUUUGUAUUACCAUUUGAAACACCAAAAUCAAUAUUCCAAAUGACAUCAGAACGAUUAUUAAGACUUCAAGAAUUAGCAAGUGAAUAUAGUCAUCAAAAGAAUGUAAUGAUUCAUUGGUUUUUAAUGACUAAUGAAGAAACAACAGAAGAAAUUAAUAACUAUUUUAAAGAACAUCAAUAUUUUGGAUUAUCUUCUGAACAAGUCCAUUGUUUCACACAAGGAAUGCUUCCAGUUGUAGACUUUAAUAGUAAACCAUUGUACGAAAAGAAAGAUAAAGUUUUUAUGGCACCAAAUGGAAAUGGAGGAUUAUUUAAAGCAUUAAAAGAUAAUGGAAUAUUAGAAUUUAUGAAAAAGAAAGGAAUCAAAUACUCAGUCGCACAUAAUGUAGAUAAUAUAUUAUGUAAAGAUGUAGAUCCAAAUAUGAUAGGAUAUAUGGAUUUACUUCAAUCAGAUGUUUGUAUUAAAAUUGUUAAAAAAUCAAUAAAAGAAGAAAAAAUUGGAAUAUUAGUAAAAGAACAAGAAAGAAUUAAAGUAAUUGAAUACACUGAAUUAACUGAUGAAUUAAAUAAACAAUUACCUAACGGAGAAUUUAUUUACAAUUGUGGACAUAUCGCAAUUAAUGGAUUUUCAACAUCUUUCUUAGAAAAAGCUGCAGAAUAUCAAUUACCAUAUCAUAUUGCUAAGAAAAAAGUUCCAUUUAUUAAUGAACAAGGAGUACUUAUUCAUCCUUCAGAAAAUAAUGCGAUUAAAAGAGAAAUGUUUUUCUUUGAUGUUUUUCCUUUAGCAAAAAACAUAUCAAUUUUUGAAAUUCAAAGAUUUAUAGAAUUUAGUGCUUUAAAAAAUUCGUUAAAUGAAAGUUUUGAUAAUGUUAAUACAGUGAAAAAAGAUUGGUAUCGUUUAAAUAUUUAUUACCUUAAAAAAGCUGGAGCUAUUGUUGAUGAUUCAAAGAGUUCAAUUUGUGAAAUUAGUUUAAGAAAAACAUUUGAAGAAGAAGGUUUAAUAGAGUUUAAAGGAAGAACAAUUCAACUUCCUUUUAUUCUUAAUUAA